AUGGAUGUUUAUGAAGAAAUGGAAGAAGCUAAAGCUGAAAUUGAGAAACUCAAGGUAAAACUAGGAGACAAGACAAAUACACUUCAGAACAUAAAGAAAUACUAUGAUGCACAGGUCAAUAAGAUACAGGAAGCUAUUUUCAAAGUUGAGAAGCUGAAUCAAGAAAUGCUUCAAAAGGCAGAUGAUAUCAAUGAUGAUCUCAAAGAGAGUUUAAAUAAUAAAGAGUCCAUCGCCAAACAUCUCAAUGCCGCAAAUGAUGAACUUGGAGCAAAUUGUGAUGAUAAAUUUAGAAAGUGGCAUGAUGAAGAAAGAGGGUAUGUAUUGGCGUUAGAGGAGGCAAAUGAGAAACUGGAUAACCAAGAAAAACAGAUGCAUCUGAGUAGACAAGAGAUUGAAAGCAUGGAAGGUUGCUUUUCAGUUUCAUACAACAAGUGUUUGGAAAUAGAGAAAAAUUUAGAAGCAUCUAGCAAACUAGGAGAAGCGAAUGACAUGUUUCAGAAGUUAGAGGAGGAAAACAUGAAGGUGGAAGAACAAUUAGAAUGGAAGGAGGAACAUUUUAAACAUCUUGAAGAGGUACAUGAAAAACUUAUAGAUCAGUUUAAGGCAAGUAAGGAGUGGGAGUUGGAAAAACCUACAUUGCUUGAUGAGAUUUCCUCAUUGAAGUCUAUGUUAGACUAUCAUAAAAGAAUAUCGCAUGAUCUGCAACACCAGUUACAGAUGUGCAACCAAGCCCUUGCUCAUGAAGAAAGCCUGAGAAAGCGUCUGGAAGAUGAAGUCUCAAAUUUGAACAAAGAGAAAGAAGAGAAGUGUUUUCAAUUGAAGCAGAUGGAGUUGAAAGAUGCUGCUUUGAUCAGUUCCAAGAAAGAUAUCAGUGAAGAGCGAGAGCAAGCAGCUUGUUUCAUGAGGCAGGUUGAGUCCUAUGGACUUGCCAAUGAACUGCUGCAUUUGCCACACAACGAAUUUGAUUGGCACAAGGAUUUGCAUAUGGAAGAUGGUUUCAAAGAACAACUUAAUGAAGUUUAUGAUGCUUUAGACAGGGCAAACAUUGAAUUGGAUGAGAGAAUAUGUGAAAAAAGUGAAAUGGAGUUUGAAUUGAGAAUAUGGAAGUCAUUUGUUGAACGUUUGAGGAAUGCUCUUGAAGAAAAUCUUGUCAUGCGAAAAGAACUGGAAAAUUCACUCCUUGCACAAGUAGAUUUUAGUGAAAGCCUCGCGCAAGAGAAAGAAAACCUGGUUUAUAAGUUGGAAGAAAAAGAGAAUAAAAUAGAAUGCCUGCAGCAACAUGUUCUCCUAUUUGAACAAGAACCAAAAGUAAAGGAAACAGAAGCUUCUGUUCCAGAAAGCGGGGAAAUAGCUGAGUCCUCUGAAAAUGUUGAAGUGAGAUAUCUCCAGAUAAUUGAAGAGAAGGACAAGAUUUUAGAGGAGUUCCAAAAAGAGGUUCUUAGCCUUGAACAAGAGUCAUUAAGAAGAGAACUUGAAAGUGCUAUGAUUGCAAAAAGCAACAUGGAAAGAACCAAUGAGUUUGAGAAAGAGAAUCCUAUUCAGAUUAUAAAGGGAAAGAAUGUGAGAACAGAUGAACUCAUGCAACAGGUGACUUCACUGGAACAGAAGUUCACUAACUCCUUAACCUCCAUUUCCUCACAGCUUGCUGAGAAACAGGCAGAAAUUAUUCAUGUCAAAGAAGCUUGUGAUAAGAUCACAGCAGCUGAAGUUCUAGCUGCACUUGAAGUUGAAGAGAAGAAGUUGAUGUUAGUGGAACUUGAGUAUGAUAUCCAUGAUAUGGAGCAGAAACUGAAACUGAAAGAUGAAAAUUGGAGGCAAUCAGAACAGCUUGCAUUGGAUAUUGAAGAGGAAAUGGAUGCAAAACAAUUACAAAUAAAAGAGUUAAUUGAUCAAAUGGAGAACAAGCUUAGAGGCUCAGAUGUUUUUCUUCAAAAACUCAAGAUAGAGAAUAGAAGUUUGCUUGAAAGUGCUACAAGAUUGUCAUCAGAAAGGGAAAACUUGUUGGGUUUUGUUCUGGGAUUGGGUGAUAAAAUGUGUGAGUGCACUACUGCAGACACUCAAAUAAUGGACACAUUGAGAAGCAUGGUGCAGUCUUUUGAGAAUGAUAGUCUAGGAAUCAAUUUGAAGAAGGAUGAUGAAUUGCUUGUAAAAGAGAAUAUGAUAAUGCAUUCUCCCACGGGGAUAAAGAAACUUGAAACCUUUUCUGAUAUAAGGUCACCAUUUAAGGAGCUCGACAAUUAG